GGUCUAAGAUUUCAUUGCUUACAGCAAAAGUACAAGGUUUUCUAAUUUAGUAGCAUUCUGAAGUUGAAUCAAUGAAGAAGGAAUAGACGAGCGAAUUUGUUGUGAUGUGAUAAAAAUUAUAUACAAAAUAAAAGUAUUUAUAACAGUGCGCUAAGUGUAGAAGGCCGCAAAAUGUCUUACGGAAAGAUUGUUAUUAUGGCUUGUGGGAGCUUUAGCCCGCCGACGUACAUGCACCUUCGCAUGUUCGAACUUGCCAGAGAUUAUAUACACAAUCUGAACCUAGGAAGUGUGGUUGGAGGCCUGGUAUGCCCUGUACACGAUGCCUAUGGGAAGAAGGACUUGGUUCCUGCUCAUCAUAGGAUAGCAAUGUUGAAGUUAGCGCUGCGCUCAUCAUCAUGGAUCAAGAUAUCAGAGUGGGAGACGCAACAGUCCGGCUGGACGAGGACCAGGGUCACGUUGCAGCAUCAUCAGGACACAAUAAACAACUACUUAACCGGCGUAAACGACCCGGACCCGCCAUCUUGGUUGCCAGAUGACAUCAUAAAUCUCAACAGUUUGGAUGAACCGGAUAACCUUAUGGAGAAACUGAACGGCAACGUGCAGGACGGAGUAACUGUGAAACUGCUGUGUGGAGCUGAUCUGUUGGAGUCUUUCGCUACUCCUGGCCUGUGGUCUGAUGAGGAUUUGGAGACGAUAGUAGGCCGUCACGGGUUGGUGGUGGUGACGCGGGCGGGCUGUGAUCCCGGACGGUUCAUAUACGAGUCCGAUAUGCUCUACAAAUAUAGGAAAAACGUAAUCCUAGUGACGAACUACAUAGCGAAUGAAGUAAGCUCGACGCAGAUCCGUCGCCUCGUGCGGCGCGGCGAGAGCGCCAAGUACCUCACCGACGACGCCGUGCUCGCUUACGUGCGCCAGCACAGGUUGUAUGGCGCCACGCAGGCUAACACUGAGUAUAACAUACUGAACGAUUUAAUCGCUAGCUACGACAAGCGUUCUCCACAAGACGUGAUCAUGACGUCACCAGAAGAAACCUCCUUCAAAAACAUCCUUAUCUCCAUCAGAGACAAGCCCUCUAUUAUCGAUGAAACGAUCACUGUCAAACGACCAAGAAAGUCCAACUUUCUUAUGCCCAACUCUCAUACGGACUCCGUCAGUCCCCUAUGUGAACCUCUCAAACCUAAAAUGGCGUAUAUCGACAAAGUCCCAUCGACUUACGUGCCCGGAAAAGCAGUUAAAAUUGUCAGCGAUGCGAACGAACAUAAGAUUGACAAGGGAGGCGGCUGCCCGCUGUAGCUGACGUGUUGCGCGCGAUGCGACGAGGCGACUACGUAACGGGGCCGUAGCGGGAUCGUAGCGGGAUCGUAGCGAGACCGUAGCGGGAUCGUAGCGGGACCGUAGCCAGUUCGUAGCGAGAACGUAGCGUCAGAGUAGCAGGGCAGCGCGCAUCACCCCUAUAUUCUUAGUUUUAUCAAUAAGUUCGUCUACGUAGUGCCUACUGUGUCCACUAGUUUGACGUUUCUGAUUUGGGGUUACUAUAUAAAAAAAAACAUCGAUAAAAUACUGACGUGGUAAUUUUGUGUCCGAAAGGAAAUAAUGUCAGUUAAACAUAAAAUCGUUUUUUUAUAAUUUUGUAUGUAUAAAAAAAAAUAUAUCAUUGAAAUGAAAUGGAAUGUGAUAAAAGUUGUGGCAAAGUAAAAUAUUUUUGGAUGAAUAUACAAGUUGUGACGUAUUUAUUUUGUACGUGCUCAAUGUUGCAUGCAUAUGCGAGACUAAAGUAUUUUUUGGGUUCCUAAUAAGUGAAGCAAAGGCAAAGUUUUUGAUAUCAACUAGUGGACACAUUUUAUGGCUUGUUUGAAGCUUCUGUGGAAACCUGCAUGAGAUGUACUCCCUAUAUUUUUUAUAGUCUUUUUAUUCUAUUGAUUUCUUUGAACUCUUCUGCAUUGUGAAUUCUAAUUUUUAAUUAGAUAGUGGUUUACUUCUUUGUAUUGAGAAGAGAGUAAUCUUUAAAGUUUUAAAAUGUUAUUUUAAGAUUUUCCCGCACGACCGUCACAUUUCUUAUAGUCGAUCUUUUCAAUAUUAUCAUAUUAAGAUACAGUGCAAAGUUACAUCUGUAUAAAUAAAGAACAUUUAAAGUUAGUCAUCGAUACUUGCUGGGCCCACGUAAGUUUCAAACAAGCAACGCCGCGGUUCAGCGCUAGCUUAGCUUCAGUGUCUGACCGUUUAGCGCUUUGAUACUUGCUAGUAUUUACAGUACGAGUCUUUAUAAUGUGCAUAUAUUGAAUUGAGGGAAUCUAUGCCUCAGUGGGGAAAAAGCCUGCCGGGGCUGCGGGAUUGUUCUAAAGCGACGGCGCUAGUACAUAAAGGGCUUAAGAAGAAACAUGGUGGGCCAGUAAGAGUCUGAUACUCCCUCAUACUGCACCACCCACAGCGGGGAAAUCUUAAUACAAAUUUAAUUGCGUGUUUUUGGAUCCCGGUAAAUAUGUGAUCCCGGUUUACAACUUUGAAAGUAAAUGUUCUAUGCACAUUACAAAGACUCAAACUGUAUAGAUAAUGUUUAGCCUUGUGUCUGCUUAGGACAAUCUGUAUUGUUAUGCCGUAUUUAUACAACGAUUCGGCGUGUUGUGGGAACAAAUCUAUAUUGUAUAUUGAAUUCAUCUUAUGUAUGUAUUUAAUGCUUUUUGAGAAUUCAUUUCGAGUGGUUUCUUUCAAUUGAAGUUCCCAAAAAAUAUGGGAGGGUACUUCAAUAACUAAGCCCAACUAUUUGGGUAAAACAUUAGCUAUGUGUUACGAAAAUAUAGGAAGCUUUAAAGCGAUGGAAAAAUAAUUACAAAAUCUUAAGUAGGUACUUAAUUAGGUUUGUUCCGAAAACACGCUAUAGCAACGAGUAUGCAUCACUGCUAUUCAAAUGUAAACGUUAUUUGUACUCACAUAAAGUUCACUUUUAAACUUCGAUAAUCACUUUUUAAAUGUUAAGAAAUAAUUAUUACAAAAUAUAUUUAGAUACAUAUUUGAUAGCAGAUCUUGCUUAAUCGUUUUUGUAUUCUAGAGGUAGCAUUACUGCAACGUACAUAUGUAUAUUUUGAACAUUGUUUUGUCAGAAAACAUGAAUAAAUGUCAGAAUGAUGUUUAAAAUAUUUUUACCAGCGGUAAAUGGUAAAUAUAUUUUGGCCCAUUUUGAUCGACAACAUAAACGUCCGUUUUUCUUAAAACAUCGGUCUUAUCGAGUCAGCUGCAGGUUUAAUCACCUGACAGUGUUUUAGUGUCACAGUUUUCUCAAGUCCACCUGACGGCCUCUGACGUAGAAUUGUAACGACUGCUACUGAGUAGCAUUCGGGGACGCCCGCUUUACUUGCCCGCCCAGGCACAUUCAUAAACAGUUGUUUUAAGAAAACGUUUCUGUUGUCGGUGUAGUUAGGCCUUAGUGAGCAACCCUUAAAUAUUAUAAUCAAUGAGUCUUUGCAUCAUUAAGUCACAAGUAAUAAAAAGUAACCUAAUCUCGUUAUCUCUUUCAUGCCAAUAUAGUUGGAUAUAAGUGUGAAAGAGAUAGCUAGCUUGAAGUAGUGUCUUUUGAACUUGAUUAUAAUGCUUUAUGUACUGUUUAAGUAGUCCAAUUUUUGUACGAGUGUAUUUUUUAAUGCCUGAGUAGCUCUUUUUUCUGUGCAAUAUUUGUAAAAUCAUUUAAUUUUGGUUACUUAAAGAAACAAAAAUGAAGUUUCAACAGUUUUAUUAUAAAAAAAGUUACAAACAAAAUAUCUAUGUAGGUUUAUUGUAUAGAAUCGGCUUAUGAAAAUAUCUUGGAUAGGUUUUAAUUGUUGUUUAUAAAUUAUAAUUCAUUCCUUUUAUUAUGAUUUAUAGUUAUACAUAUUGAAUGUGUACUUAUUUUAAGGAUCUGAUUAGUAAAUUAUUUUUAUUUUUGUAUUUAGCCUGGAUAUUGUCAAAUAACAUGUGAACUACAUUCAGAUAUUAUGAAAUAAAAUUGUACUUAAGA